UCUUUUAUCCCUUUCUCUGUUCUAUAGGUUCCUUCCCCUAACAGAUUCAACCUGCCAUGGCUCCCAUAAAAUUGUAUAAUGCAUCACGCACAUAUCAAACAGAAUGGGAGACACAGUUUCCAUGGCUUAGAAAAGCUUCAGAUGGAUCUGAAAGGGGUUUUUGUACAUUGUGUCAUGUUAUUAUUACUCCCUAUAAAGCAAGCUUUGUCCGGCAUGAGAAAACUAGUUUUCACUUGUCCAGUGACCAGAACCUUGCUGUAGAGCCAACUGAACAUGCCUCUCUAAGUUAUGGAGCCCUUCCUGAAACUCUGUCAAAGAAAAGUAUAAGCAAAGCAAGACAAUUGAAAGCUGGUGUUCUGGAUGAAAAAUCAGAAAAUGAUUACCUUCAGUUUGAAGUAACUUCAGGUAAUCAGUCAACAUCAAAGAAAAUCAAACUGUCACCUAAUUCUGCUUCCAAAAGUUCCUUCUCUCAACUGAUGCAACCUGCCAAGGCUCCCAAAAAAUCGUAUGAAGCAACACGCAGAUAUCGAACAGAAUGGGAGACCCAGUUUCCAUGGCUUCAGAAGGCCCCAGAUGGAUCUGAAAUGGCUUAUUGCAAGUUGUGUCAUAUUGUCAUUAGACAACACAAAGGAUGCUUGGUCCAGCAUGAAAAAAGUAAUUUUCACUUGUCCAGAGAUGGGAAUCUUAAUGUAGAGCAAACCAAAGUUCCCAUCCAAAGUUGUGCAGCCCUUCCUGAAGCCCCUUUGCAGACAAGGAAAAACAAAGCAAGGCAUUUGAAGGCUGGUGGGCCAGAAGAAAAAUCAAAAGAGUACAUUGAGAUCGAAUGGACUUCGGUUGAUCAAUCAUCACCAAAGAAAACCAAAUUGUUACUUGAUUGCAAUUCCCAAAGUUCCCCCAAACUGAUCCAAGCUGCCGUGACUCCCAAAAAAUCGUAUGAUGCAACACGCAGAUAUCGAACACAAUGGGAGACCCAGUUUCCAUGGCUUGAGAAGGCCUCUGAUGGAUCUGAAAGUGCUUUUUGCAAGUUGUGUCAUCUUAUCCUUAGACCCCACAAAGGAUGCUUGGUCCAGCAUGAAAAAAGUGAUUCUCACCGCGCGAGAGGAUGGAACCUUGAUGUUGAGCAAACCAAACUUCCCAUCCAAAGUUGUGCAGCCCUCCCUGAAACCCCAUCACAGACAAGUAAAAACAAAGAGCGGCAUUUGAAGGUUGGCGGGCCAGAAGAAAAAUCAAAAGAGUACAUUGAGAUCGAAUGGACUUCAGUUGAUCAAUCACCACCAAAGAAAACCAAAUUGUUACUUGAUUGCGAUUCCCAAAGUUCCCCCCAAAUGAUCCAAACUGCCAUGGCUUCGAAAAAAUCAUAUGAUGCAUCACGCAGAUAUCGAACAAAAUGGGAGACCCAGUUUCCGUGGCUUAAGAAGGCCUCCGAUGGAUCUGAAAGGGCUUAUUGCAAGUUGUGUCAUGUUAUCAUUAGACCCCACAAAGGAUGCUUGGUCCAGCAUGAAAAAAGUGAUUCUCACCGCGCGAGAGGAUGGAACCUUAAGGUAGAGCAAACUAAACUUCCCAACCAAGGUUGUACAGCCCUUCCAGAAACCCCAUCACAGUCAAGGAAAAACAUUCAAAUUGGAUUGACUUCAGUUGAUCAGUCACCAUUAAAAAAAACCAAACUGUUAUAUAAUGGCAAUUCCAUAAAUGGCAGUGAAGAUUUUGGGACUUGUUUUGGAGAAUUUGCUGCAACUCUUGAUUGUAUGGAGACUCGUGAGCUGAUCUGUGAACUCUGCCGCUUGUUUUACUCACUAGGCUGGGUGACAGGCACUGGUGGAGGCAUCUCAAUCAAGGACAAAGAUGGUGGCAUCUUAGUGGCGCCUUCAAGGGUACAGAAGGAGCGGAUCAAGCCAGAAGAUCUCUUCAAGCUGGACUCUGAUGGCCAAAUCUUGUCUUCUCCCAGCAAUGCUUCACUCAAGCUGUCUCAGUGCACCCCUCUCUUCAUGCUUGCAUACAAAUUACUGGGAGUUGGGGCUGUUCUGCACUCACACUCCAAGAAUGCUGUCCUGGCCACGCUCAUUUACGGAAAAGAGUUCAGGGUCACGCAUCUUGAGAUGAUAAAGGGCAUUCAAGAUGGCGUGACCAAGAAGGCGCUGAGGUACGAUGACGAGCUCGUUGUUCCCAUCAUCGACAACACGCCUUUUGAAAAAGACCUCGUCACGUCCAUGGAGCAGGCAAUGAAUGCGUAUCCAAGUUCUCAAGCAGUGCUGGUGCGGAGACAUGGCGUUUACGUCUGGGGCGACACGUGGCAGCAGGCAAAGUCCAUGGCGGAGUGCUUCGACUAUCUCUUCGAGGUGGCCGUGGACAUGAAGAGACUCCACAUGGAUGCGGCAGCCAAACCCUCGCUCCACGAGAACCUAUGAAAACUUAGGGCGUUUUCUGUUAUAGUUUCUAAUUUGAAUUGGGCUGCUAUAAACUGUCUACACUUUGUUGAACUGCUUCUAUAAAUGUUUAAAUUAUCAAUAUCUGAUUCAUGAGCUGUGUUUGUGCCUGGAUUGUCCGAUAAUGAAUACGUACCAUUUAUGAAUUGUGUAUGUAUACGCGGGCAUGCAAGAAUUUCCGUGGAUAUUCAUUCAUUUGUUAUUGAAUUUUUUCAUUCUUUCCGACUUGCAUUUCUUCUUGUACGUUCUUGGCAAACUGAAACUUGCCAUGCUGGUGCUAUUAGUGGAGUCGGUGCCAUAAUUGUAAUAUAGAAUUUAAUCCGCUGAAAUUGGAUGCAAAUAAUUUCAGCAUUUAACCUUCAUUUUGUUGAAGCGUUUGUCGCAUUUUCAGAUUUUUGUGUUCAAAAACUGAGCAAUUUGGUUAAAUUUUCUGCCAAAUACUGAUAAAAUUUUGUAGAGAGGCUCAUUUACGUAUUUUUUUGUACAAUCAAUUUUGUCAGAUAUUGAAUCUUGAAAUUUGGGAUUGCUUCAAAUCUCUCCAGUUGUUUCUCAUUAGUUAAGUGUUUUACAUGUUAUAGUUGGAUGGAUUUUUUACCGUGCGCUCUGAAAUAAUAUGCAUUUUUUUACGUUUGCAAUGUUAAGUUCAACUCACUUUCAGCAAUAAAUGUUAGCAAUCAUUCUGCUAGUUCCUAAUUCUGUUUACAAUACAGUGUGAUUCGUA